CGGCAAAACCUCAGCUCAGCUAGGCUAGAACUUUCAAGUAUUUAUCCUGUCAUGGCUGAACUUUCGCUGGAAAAUCUCCCAAAAGACAGUGACAAAUUCUGUUGUCCAAUAUGCCUGGAGGAGGUAAGGAACCUCAAGUAUUUGCCAUGUUAUCAUACGUUUUGUAAAUCCUGUAUUCAGACCUACAUAUCAAGUACGGCUGCGUGUAGCAGUGAUAAUUCUCCUAAAACUAUUCAGUGUCCCGUAUGUAGGAAGUCCAUCCAAGCUCCAAGUGAUGACGCCUCCAGUGAAGAAUGGGCCUGUAGUUUACCAGAAGAUAAACUGAUUCUGAAUAUGUCUAUAGACUCGGAUCAAAGUGAAAACAAGUAUUGCAUGUUUUGUCAGCGAGAUGACAAAACUGUCCAAGCAAAACAUUGGUGUAAAACUUGUGCAGAAAUGAUUUGUGAUGAUUGCAAGUCCUUUCACUCUUUUGUCCCGAUGCUCCAGGGACACAAAAUUGUAGGUCUCUUGGAUAAUUUGGAUUUGACAAAUGACAUUGAGGUAGAUGAACCAUGUUUGGUGCAUAAGGGGAAGUAUCUAGAGGUCUUCUGCCAAGAUCAUGAUCAAUUAUGCUGCAGCAUAUGCUUUGCUACCAAGCAUAGAACUUGUGAAAAAGUGGAGGCCAUUGAAGAGGUUGCAUCUGAUCUUGAUGAAUUCAGCAAUCAAAUAACACCAACAUGUUUUAAAGAUUUCUUAAAGAGACUUGAUCAUAUACGGGAAAGAUAUGGGAAAAUAGCUGCACACCUUCAAGAUAAAAAACAGGCAAUUUUCUCAAGCACUGAUACAAAAGUUAAAGAAAUAAAAUCACUAAUAGAUAAAGCUCAUAACCAAUGGAUGAAGCAGUUUGAACAGAAACAUUCAGAUGCCAUUGCAAAUAUUGUAAUUGCAUCUGAUGAGGUGAAACGACUUGCCAUAACAGUACAAGAGGCGAAAACCAUUUUGCAGAGAGUCAUAGAAAAUGGAUCGACAAAGCAGAUCUUUAUCACUAGACACAAAGUACGUCAUCAGAUCUUGGAUCAUGUGAAUCGUUUGUGUAAUUUGAACAUCUGGGAUUUCGUUCACAAUUACAAUCAACCUGAUACGGAUUUCCUUCGUCAAGUUAGUGAAAACCAAAAGUUUCAAGAUGUCAAGGCACUUGAAAUAGCCUCAACCACCAUUGAAACAGUGUCAGAAUUUGCUGCUGAAUUGCAAAGGAAUAAUAUAUUGCUAAGACGAGAAAUUAUGGCAAAAAAAGACUGGAUGAAAGUUAGAUUUGAAAAACUCUCUGAAGUUCAGCUACCAUCUCGGGUUGGUUAUGGAUUAUUUGUGGGGGAUACCAAAGUCCUUCUCUCCAUAGAAUACCCACCAUCUCUAGAGAUUUAUGAUGUGACCAACUCAAUUGCAAGAUGUGUUCGAUCCUAUCCGUGCUCAUCCAUUCCUUUUGGACUAUGUCACUCCGGAGAGAGUAUGAAUAAAGUGUAUGUUUCUUUUAAUACCCAUGUGGAACAUUAUCUCAUUGAUAUCUCUAAAAGUAUUUCAUUAAAGAAGAUAGAGACUAUUCAUCUCGCAUCACCCAUGAAGGCAAUUUCACUUGGUGCAGCAGUGCUCUUUUCGAGAAGUGAUUCAACAAGAAUGAUUUGUUCACCUGAUUUUUCAGUCAAGCAUAAUUUAAAAAGCUAUGCAGAUGGAUGUCGACCAUUAAUAUCAGCGUCAUUUCAUUGCGACAAGUUUGCUCUUAUUGAAGGAAAGAAAGUAGUUGUUGUAGACCAAAACAAUGAAGAGAUUUAUAAGAGGAAUCUGCCUGCAGUUUCCCCCCGUGGAGUGGCAUUUGAUUUACAGGACAAUAUUUUUGUCUGUGUGAAGAUCAACAAACUGAGGCAGAUAAACAACCGGGGAGUUGGGAACCGCUACAUCGACUUACCGGGAAUCGAACAGUCAUACAAUGUAGUUCUUCAUCCUGCAGGGGAGAAAAUUCUGGUUCUGGAUCAUAGCAAGAAAUUUUGUGUUUAUAAAGUUGUAUAAAAUCACAAUCAUGAGUGACAGAGAUUGUUCUGUGCUGGUGUAAAUUAUUUGUUAAGGAGAAAUUACCAAUACCAUGUAAAAGUAAAAUGUG